AGGAAACUCGUGUAACUCGUGUUGGGUUUCAGCUGAAACUCAAAUACAGAAUUCUUCACAGGGAAUAACCGAAAAAUUCAGUUUUUUCUCUGGGUCGAGCUCCUUGGGAAGGUGCCAGUCCAGCAAAAACACAAAACUGCAGCUAAAGGAGAGUUUGUGAGAUCAGUCAUGGCCUUCUCCAGCAGUUUCCUGUCUGAAGAUCAGCUCCAGUGCUCCAUCUGUCUGGAUGUGUUCACUGACCCAGUCUCUACUUCAUGUGGACACAACUUCUGCAUGAUCUGUCUCAAAAAAUGCUGGGACACCAGUUCAGUCUGCCAGUGUCCAGUUUGUAAAAAAGAUUUCUCUAAAAGACCUGAACUUAAUGUAAAUACUUUCAUCUCUGGUCUGGCUGCUGAGUUUAAGAAAUCAGUUCAGGUGAAAUCCAGCAGCGCUGCAGAACAACUUCCCUCCAAACCUAAAAGUGUGCUGUGUGAUUACUGCACUGAGGAGAAGCUGGAGGCUGUAAAGUCCUGUCUGGAUUGUGGAGUUUCUUACUGUAACACUCAUCUGAUGCCUCAUAGAACUGUAGCUAAACUCAAGAAACACAAACUGAUCGAUCCUGUAAAGAACCUGGAGGAUUACAUCUGCCAGAAACAUGAGAAACCUCUGGAGAUGUUCUGUAGAGACGACCAGGCAUAUGUUUGUUUGUUCUGUACAUUAGAUGACCACAAGAACCACAGAACUGUUUCUCUAGAGGAGGAGAUUGAAGUGAAGAAGAACCAGCUUGGUGAGAUACGAGCAGAACUUCAGCAGAUGAUCCAAGAGCGACUAAAUACUAUUGAGGAAAUCCAAAAAUCUGUAGAACUUCAUAAAAAAAACACAGAGAAGGAGAAAGCCGCCAGUAUGAUGAUGUUCAGAUCUCUGAUGAGCUGCAUUGAGAGAAACCAGGCUGAGCUGAUUAAAGUGAUGGAAGAGAAGCAAAAAGCAGCAAAGAAACAGGCUGAAGAGUUCAUUAAAGAUCUGCGACUAGAAAUCAGUGAACUAAAGCGGAAAAACACUGAGCUGGAACAUAUCUCCAACAUUGACAAUCAUCUCCACCUUCUACAGAUUUGCUCAUCUCUGUGCAGUCCUCCACCCACCAAGAACUGGACUGAUACCAAGAUUAACCCUCAUCUGAAUGUGGAGACUCUGAGGAGAGCUCUGUCUCAGCUUCAGAAAUCUCUUGAUACUGAAAUGAACAACCUUCCUGAGAUCAUGGACGUGACUCUGGAUCCUGAUACAGCAAAUUCUUACCUGAUACUGUCAAAUGAUGGAAAACAAGUGAGAGAUGGAGACAAACAACAGAAUCUCCCUGAUAAUCCAGAGAGGUUUGAUCGUUGUGUCUGUGUACUGGGAAAGCAGGGAUUCUCUUUAGGAAGAUUUUACUAUGAGGUGCAGGUCAGUGGAAAGACUGAGUGGACUUUAGGAGUGGCCAAACAGUCCAUUAACAGAAAGGGUAGGAUUACACUUACCCCAGAGAAUGGAUACUGGACAGUGUGUCUGAGAAGUUAUACUGAAUAUAUGGCUUGUGAAUGUUACCCUGUUCUCCUUUCACUAAAACAGGCUCCUCAAAAGGUGGGGGUGUUUGUGGAUUAUGAGGAGGGUUUGGUCUCCUUCUAUGAUGUAGAUGCCAGAUCUCAUAUUUACACUUUUAUCGUUCAGUCUUUCACUGAAAAACUCUACCCGUACUUCCGUCCUUCCCUCAAUUAUGGAGGUAAAAAUUCAGCACCACUGAUCAUCACAUCUGUUGAACAAUAAAUCUCAAUAAAUCCUGAGAUUUGUUUUCCACAGACACAAACAUUAAUGUUUAUAAAUUAAUGCAUCCAGAUUUUAAAGAAUUGAAACGGAGAUUAAAUAAAUACAAUUUAUAUAUUUAGUUAGAGAAGGUAAUGAUUAAUUGAUAGUCUGCAGAGUAGUUUUAUUAAUGCUGUCAGUUAAAAAGAUUAUUUAAAUUUGACUGUUGACUUGGUUGACAACACAUAACUGUUGAUUUGGUUUAGGAGCAGUUAGCGUUUUUCAAGUGCUACAAAGUACAGGAGCAGUCCUAACUUUUACAUUUGUUUGUUUUAUUUAAAUUAUGAACAAUGAAACGGUUGUUUAUGAACAGUGGAACUAUUACGCAUUAACACCACAACAGUAAAGCUGUUUUCAAUAUGGUGUAUGGUACUACAUGGUAAACUCUGCUCAUGUGGAUCUGUUUGUAACUUUGUUACAUAGUAUAAAGGUAGAGCUUUGCUUAUCAACUAAACCCAGUGUAGUGGAUCAGACUUCCACCGAUCCUACGGACAUUAGGAUUUUGGAAUUCCAUACAGGUCCUUAUCUUCAAAGUUUUAUGAUCCCUGGAAGAUUGGGGACCAAGUCUUGUGCCUACAUCUCUCGAGCCUUUCAUCUUCUGUUUAUAACCUCUGUUACCAGGGCAAAGAAAAACAGACACCUAGAAUCACAAAUCUGGGGUGACUCUCAAUGAAUUAGACUGAAACACCUAUCAAAAGUUGACAACCCCUUUUCCAAAAGGAGAUGAGGCAAAAACAGAUGGUAGACUCAUCUGCCAUAUUCUCUCAUCUCUCACCACUGUCAUGUAAAUCAAACCUCCUAUCACACAGGAAUUGCCAGCAAGAAGAUGUCUGGAUCUUUGCGUAUUUUUCAGAGACCAUCUAUAGAUGUUAUUAAGGACUCUCCUGGUGACCAGGGGUGCCAGGCCUCUUGACCUACUGUGACUGCUAGAACCUAUUCACACCUAUACACACGCACACACAUACCCACACACUCAUGCAAUUGUUUUGGUGACAUUACAUACAUGUUCUUACAAUUAUUAAUUCUUAUACAUACUCAGGGUCUAACUUUUUAAACCCAAGUUAUAGUGUUAGAAAUUAUAUUAUGCAUUAUUAUCCAAAAUGAAUAUACUGUAUGUUAAUCUAAACUUUAUUUGUACUGCAUGCUUAUAUCAGGUUUUCAUUAUUAAGUUGUUAUUAUUCUCCAAAUGGACAGUGUGUUUGUUGUAAUGAAGUGUGUGAUAAGCUGUUGAACCUAUCUGGUGUUUAGAUCUGUCUUGUAGCAGUUUGUAUUAAGAAUUAGCUUUAAUAAUUGGAUGCGUUUCUUUUGUUCAUGAAUUGACCAGGCGCCAUCUAUUGACCAUGAGUUGUUGGUCUUCAUGGGGGGGGGCAACAGUAAAGGUAUCUAAUUUCGUCUGCUGAGAAGCCAAAGUGUAAAAUUCUGAGUCAUGGAGCUAAUCUGGGACAGAGGAGGAAAACUUAAACCCAGCUAUGUCUGUUGAGACCAGUUUGAAAAUUCUGACGCAAGGUAACUUUGCUGGCUUCUGAAUACUAUUAUAAGAAGUAGACUCAAUUUUUCUAUGCUCCUUGAAGGUCUUGGUUCUGUUGCUUUGUUUACAAUGUACAUGUUUUAUUGACUGAUAACAGGCAUCCCAAUUAGAUUCUAGUGCUUUCCUGAUCCCACCAAGGUUGAUGUCAGUUAUGUAAGUUCUUAGCAUUAAUUUAGUACCUACACAUCCAUCUUACUCUUCUUACUACUUAGUUGUUUUAUUCCCUGAAUCACUUUGUGUAUGCUAUAUUUUUAACGUUCAAUAAACAUUAUAA